UUGUGAAUAAGAACGUGUUGAUCUGUCCCAGGAGAACCAGUCUGGAGAACUGGUCCUGGUUGUUAUAAAACCGUCUGCUGAUGAAAGAAGUGAGGGUMCUGUCAGCAGACGUUUCAUCAGAUGGAAAACCUGACUUUAGGUUCUGACAUGCUACUCCUGGAGGGGCUAAAUGUCUCCCCUCAGUCAUCCAUCCCUGUCUUCAUCUUCCUCCUCCUCAUCUACAUCUUCAUCAUGCUGUCCAACAUCAGCCUGGUGGUCCUGAUCAGCCUGCAGAGGAGCCUCCAUCAGCCCAUGUACCUGCUCUUCUGCAACAUGGGAGCUAAUGAUGCCUUUGGGGCCACCACCAUCAUCCCCCGCCUGCUGAAGGACAUCUUCACCCCUCGCUCAGAGCGUUACAUCCAUUACAGCAGCUGCGUCCUUCAGGCCUUCUGUGCUCAUGUGCAUGCAGGAGCUGCUCACACCGUGCUCAUGACCAUGGCCUUCGACCGCUACGUGGCCAUCUGCAACCCGCUGCGAUACUCCACCAUCAUGACCAACAGGAUGGUGGUGRGUCUGUCUUUAAUAGCCUGGGGGGUAGCUCUGGUCAUGGUCCUGAUCCUGGUGGGUCUUAGUGUUCGCCUGUCCCGCUGCAGGGAGGUCGUGUCCCACCCAUUCUGUGACAACGCCUCCUUGUUCAAGCUGUCCUGCGAGGACAUCCUGAUCAACAACAUCUACGGUCUCGGCUACACCGUGGUUCUGCUGGGGUCUUCCCUCGGCAGCAUCACGCUCACCUACUUUUGGAUCGUCAUGGUCUGCCUCACCAACCGCUGCAGGACCAACACUAUCCGGGCCCUGCAGACCUGCACCACCCACCUGGUCCUGUAUAUGAUCAUGURUGUGUCGGGCACCAUCAUGGUCAUCCUUCAUCGUUUCCCCAACUUAUCGGACCACAGGAAGGUAGCCUCCAUCCUGUUCCACAUGGUUCCUCCUGCCAUGAACGCCAUCAUCUAUGGACUGCAAAUCAAAACUGUUCGACAAAAAAUCUCUGUCAUGUUUACCGGGAAACUUGUAACAGACCAGAAGUGAUGAAAUAAAGACUUCAGCUAAUA